AUGUCUGGAGCCCAGAUGACGUCCAGCAGCUGUUGGGGAGUAAAGAACAGGUUCCCCCUGAGCAGCAGCACUAGUGCAGCCUCAGUCAGAACCAGGAGGACCCACCAGAGCUGCUACACAUUAAAGUGGAGCAGGAGGAUGUCUGGACCAGUCAGGAGGGAGAGCAGCAUCCAGGGCCGCAGGAGACUGAAGCAACCUCAGUCUUCACAGCUUCAUCAGAGCCAAACUGAAGAGAACAGAGAAGCUGAUGGAGAGGACUGUGGAGGACCAAACAGGAACUUUGAUCCAGAGAGUUAUUUACAACCAGAUCAUCACAAGACUUCCCUCUCCUCUGAAUCUGAGACUGAUGGCAGUAGUGACUGGGAGGAGACCAGAGAACCUCAGCCAGCUUUAAACCCUCUGCAAAACAAUGACAUUUUCGCUUCACAGAAACAGAACGCCAAAAAUCAAGCCGAACCUCAUGAUGAGGGUGAGGAGAGUUUCAUUGUUGGAGGACAAGUGGGUUCACAUCAGCGUGGCGACACUGUGGAGAAACCUCACCACUGUGACCAGUGUGGCAAGAGCUUCCCUUUCCCAUCCCAUUUAAAGAGACAUCAGCGGACUCACACUGGAGAAAAGCCUCACCACUGUGACCAGUGUGGCAAGAGCUUCCCUUUCCCAUCCCAUUUAAAGAGACAUCAGCGGACUCACACUGGAGAAAAGCCUCACCACUGUGACCAGUGUGGCAAGAGCUUCCCUUUCCCAUCCCAUUUAAAGAGACAUCAGCGGACUCACACUGGAGAAAAGCCUCACCACUGUGACCAGUGUGGCAAGAGCUUCCCUUUCCCAUCCCAUUUAAAGAGACAUCAGCGGACUCACACUGGAGAAAAGCCUCACCACUGUGACCAGUGUGGCAAGAGCUUCCCUUUCCCAUCCCAUUUAAAGAGACAUCAGCGGACUCACACUGGAGAAAAGCCUCACCACUGUGACCAGUGUGGCAAGAGCUUCCCUUUCCCAUCCCAUUUAAAGAGACAUCAGCGGACUCACACUGGAGAAAAGCCUCACCACUGUGACCAGUGUGGCAAGAGCUUCCCUUUCCCAUCCCAUUUAAAGAGACAUCAGCGGACUCACACUGGAGAAAAGCCUCACCACUGUGACCAGUGUGGCAAGAGCUUCCCUUUCCCAUCCCAUUUAAAGAGACAUCAGCGGACUCACACUGGAGAAAAGCCUCACCACUGUGACCAGUGUGGCAAGAGCUUCCCUUUCCCAUCCCAUUUAAAGAGACAUCAGCGGACUCACACUGGAGAAAAGCCUCACCACUGUGACCAGUGUGGCAAGAGUUUCACUCAAAGAGGCAAUUUAAAGAAACAUCUGCAGACUCACUCUUUCAAAGCGUUCACCUGAACUGUCUUGAUCUCUUGGCUGUUAAAAGAUGACAUGUGAUUUGUAAAAGCUGUCAUGAAUGAGUAUUUUAAUAACACUGAUACACCCGCAACGUCAGCUGUCAAAUGUUAUCGUUGCUUUACUUCCUCUGUCAAUGCUACUGCAGCAAAGAUGCAACAGUAACACAAACACAAGUACAAACUUACUGAAGAGCAAGACAGGAUUGGGGCUUGUAUUUUGUAGUCAUGAACAUGCUAAUGCAGCAGCGAACGUGCAGCCAAAGUUAAAAACCUACUUGCCUUGUUGUUUCUCUGUGGGCUGAGGUCCAACUGCAACUUCACCUAACAUUAUAUGGAGCUGAAUCUGCAGCAUGUCUCCUUGUUCAGUGUUUGUCUGCGAGUACAGACAAAUACAUACAUACAUUAUUCACUCAGAUUUAACCCAGCUUCGUAUUAUUUGAGUGAGUUUCUAUACACAUUCUUGUAGAGGUCACUAAGGUUUAAAAUACCACAGUGAGGUUAAGGUGCCAGAAAGACAACAAAAUCUGACUUAACAUGAGUAACUCUCCAUAUUCAGUCACACUGCAGAAAAUUUACUAACCAGAGUAAUUGUUCCUUAUAUACACUGAUGGAAAACCACAAACACAAAGAAGCCCCAGAGUGCAAUGCUGUCUGCAAGGAAUUACAUUUAUAUAAGACUAAUUGGUUUUGCCUAAUACAUUUAGAGGGAAACAUAGUUGCUACCUGUAUUCAGUUUAGUGGUAGCAUAUUUUUAUGUUUUUGUAUCUCACAUAAUGGAUGGUGGGGACUGCAGGCUGGAGUUCCCGAGUCCCAGAUGGUUAAUAAUCCCAUUGGUAUAACUGGUUUUGCAGGUAUUUGGUCAUAAAAAAGGUUAGAGGAUCACCAGUUACUAAAAUUCAUCUUGAGGGGAAUCCAAUAGUUGUUGAGACAUAUUUCACUAAAAAACACAAAUGUCAAGAUUUUGUGCAAAUACACCUCAUGGCUGUUGAGAUUUGACCGGCACACUGCGUUGCCAUCCAAGCUCUCAUGGCUAAAAAAGACUGUGCAUGUUCUAAUCAUGCAAUAGUUGCUACAAGCAAGCAGCCUAAUUUUUCCUUGUUGUUUUGAUUACUUGAUAUUAUUUUGUUCAAAAACAUAUUUGCUGUUGCAAAUGAGCAGUAUAUGUAUGUAACUUCCAGGAGACUGCUAUGUGUCAUGAAAGGUUGGCAGAUCUGAAUGCAGGACGAAAGUG